AUGAGCAGCCCUAUCUCCUCCGAGACCAUCAGCGGUGUUCUCGUCCCUUCAGCCCUCCUGAUCGCCGGAACCUUCUUCGUCAAGCAGGAAUGGGUUCCCUACGCAGUCGCCGCUGCAGCCGUUCUAUCUGCUUUUAGAAUUCUCACAGCUCGUCCCCGAAAGGUGCUCGAUCCCAAGGAGUUCCAAGACUUUUUGCUCAAAGAAAAGAACCAUAUCUCCCACAACGUCACCAUCUACCGAUUCGCUCUUCCCCGUGCAACCGAUAUCCUGGGUCUCCCAAUUGGUCAACACAUCUCCCUCCAGGCCCAGAUUGCCGGCAACCCAACCCCUGUCGUUCGCUCCUACACUCCUAUCUCCUCCGAUCAUGAAGCCGGCUACUUUGACCUUUUGGUCAAGACCUACCCCCAGGGUAACAUCUCCAAGUAUCUGGAUGACUUGAAGGUCGGUCAGACCAUGAAGGUCCGUGGCCCUAAGGGCGCCAUGGUUUACACCCCGAACAUGAAUCGCCACAUUGGUAUGAUCGCCGGUGGUACUGGUAUUACCCCUAUGCUCCAGAUCAUCAAAGCUGUUAUCCGCGGCAGGCCUAGAAACGGUGGCAACGACACUACCAAGAUGGAUCUCAUUUUCGCCAACGUCAACCCCGAUGAUAUUCUUCUCAAGGAUGAAUUGGACAAGUUGGCCGCCGAGGAUGACCUAUUCAACAUCUACUAUGUUUUGAACAACCCGCCAGAGGGAUGGAAUGGUGGUGUUGGCUUCGUCACUGCUGAUAUGAUCAAGGAGCAUCUCCCCGCCCCUGCUGAUGACAUUAAGAUCUUGCUCUGUGGACCACCCCCCAUGAUUGCUGCCAUGAAGAAGUCUACCGAAGCUCUCGGAUACAAGAAGGCCAGCCCUGUCAGCAAGCUCCACGACCAGGUCUUUGCUUUCUAA